AAUUAGGCGCCUCUCCAUACGACAAGAAAACUUCAUUAAUAAUCUCUUGCCUGCAGGCUUCUUUCUUUAUUUCUUCUUUUCAACAAAACAUCAUAAUUGCGGAGACGAAAUCAGCAUUUGAUGUAUCGCUCAAGCCUUGGAAGGAAGCUUAAACCAGCGAAAAGGGCAUGGAGGAGCUUCACAAACAAGCUCCAAUCAAAGCUCCACAAGCUCAAAAUACCAAAAGCAAUCAAAACAACAACUCAAACUUUCCUCACUUUCUGCUCUCGCUAUCUCUUUACUCCCUUCAAGAAUCGCUUCCUCACGAAAUCUUCCCACCGCAGCAAAUAUUACAGCCACCGUUGUUACCAGAACCUGCAGUCACAGAAGAAUUUCGCUGCCAUAUACAUCGACCAUCUCUACGCAGAGCCGCCGCUCUCAGAAGUAGUUCAUCAUGCGAAGCAAAAGCACGCAUGUGCGGGGACAAGUAAAGGAAAGGAAGUGAUUGAGGAAAAAUCAGUGGCUGAAAACCAGAACAGGAGUGUAAACAGUAUUGAAGAUGCGUGGAAUGCCAUUGUUGCUAAGUCUCCUCAGCUACGAUGUGUGGAUGAGAGGGCGGAAGAAUUUAUUUACAAGUUUCAUGAAGAUAUGAAAAUUGAAAGAGAAAGGUCAUUGCUUGAGUUUCAGGAGAUGUUGGCCAGAAGUACAUGAAAUUUUAUCAAUUAUCCAGUAUUCUUUUAUUUCCUUUCAUAUGUUUUCUUCUUUUUCAACGGGAAACUUGGAAUUGAUACAGUAUAGAAGCCUGCUGACGGAUAUUGAAGUUAACAGGUUUUCCCUUUUUCUUUUUUUAAUUUUCUUUUGGUAAAACACAAUCGUUUUAUAUUGGGAUUUUGAUUUUUCUUUUUUAAUUUUCCUUUGGUUUGGUGUGAUUAUGUAUAGACUCUAUGCUGCUGACUAUGAGUUUGAAAUGUUAAUUAUUUGUAUUUUCUUAUUAAACAUUUAAUGUAUUUUUGUG